AAAUAAAUAAAAACACAUCAGUUAUAUUUAUUCUCUUCCUGAUAGUAAGCGUGUGGCACAAUGAAUUUUUAUAUUAUUUUAUUCGCUAUUAGUUCAAUACUUCAGACUGUGACUGUAAUUAAAGCCAAUCCUGAAACUUGUUUCGAAGUUCUAAACAAAUACUCUGCAGAUGAAAUUAAAAAGAUAUUCGAUAUGAAUUUAAGAGAUACCAUUCUUAAAAAACCUGCCAGUGAUAUUUUCAAUUGUUUUCUAAGCAAAUCUUCAAACGGUGAUAUUUCCGAAACAAAACAAUUUUUUGAGAUUUUUAAGAAGAUCGAAGAAUAUAAACGUGAUCAUUCAACGCCGUUAGAUAAUGAAAAAUUGACUAAACUCGUUUCAAUGGGUCUUCCUUUUAAGUUGGAGAGCUCAUUAAAGGCUAAACUUCAGCAGGGUAAAAAAGUGACCUUAAAUGAAGUUCAAAAUAUGAUUGGUAAUGAAAUUGAAUUGCAUGGCGAGUACACAACUUACCGACAACAUAUUGAGAAGGAAUUAAAUGAACAAGAAGUUCACGACAAAAUUAAUAUAAUCGGUUGGAUAGUGGGUUAAUCGAUUCAUCUUCGCACUUAAUAAUUAUUGAAAAAUCAAAUUUCAACAAUUUUCGGAAAAUAUUUAUGUAAAAAAAUAAAAAUAAAUCUAAAUAUUUAGUUAAAUAUUUUAAUGUUUGUGAA